AUGCCCAUGCUUAUGGCUAACAAGCAUGCACGGAAGCAGCGGAAUUUUUACAACCUCGCCGGUGAAAAAGAGCAAGUCUACCGUCAUUGGGAUUACCUAGCAGCGAUACGUGCCCUUGAUCAAGGAAAUAUCCCCAGUGGAGUUCUCAAGAUCUUCCAGAAGAGACAUGGCUACUUACACGUCAAGUUCAGAAGAUCUAUCAGAGCUAUUGGCAAUGGAUCAUUCACACCAGAGGUCAAGACCCAAGGGAAGAAGCAGAAGUUAUCGGACAGUGUCCCUGAUCCUGAUCUGCCACGAAAUGACCAGCCUCAGAACAUCGAUUAG